AUGUUGUUCACGAAAGCUGCCAUCAUGUCGAUCAUCUACUUCUUACCAAUUUCGUUGGCGGCAUAUAUCUCGCCUUUAUCAAUCGAGGGCCAGUCCGUACCGGACAGAUGGUUCCACAUGAUUCUUGAUGAGCCCGUGGCAAACACCAGCCUCAGUGUGAGUGAGACUCGCUCUGAUCUUGAGAAGCGGACCCCCAUCACGGCAUGCGGAGCCCUUCAAGUGACCACCAACUGCCUUGUUAUUGCCAACAUUGUUCUUCCACUUGUCAAAAGUAUUGCUGGCGGCAUCAAGGAACUCUCCAACCAGCAUGACUGCAGAGUGAUGAGCGGCCCCAUCGAUGGAAUCAGCUGGUCUUACCACUCUACGGGUGCACAUUGCGAUACCACCGCGCAGCUUGAUACUAUUUCCGGUGCUAUCAAGAAGUAUCCUGACAAGUCCGAACACUACAAGGUGUGCGGUACCCAAUGCUUAUGUCUAGACCAUGGUGGCACCUGGAAUGGAUGGUUGAAGUUUGGUCCUGCCGAGGGUUUCAACAAAAAUGCCUACUGCGGACCGGGGCUGUCAUUCAGCGGUUGUAUUUCUGGUGGCAACAACGACAUCUAA